AUGGAACGACUUCCAAAUGAAGUCUUCUGCACUGUCUUCUUAUUUACCAUAUUUCACAAUCCACGACAAGGCAGCGGGGCUGGUUACAAUGGCCUUGCUGACUUUGAGAUUACAGAGGGUCAAACCUGGCCAGGAGUAUUCCAAUUCUCGAAAGGACCAUGGGCUAUCAGCAGCGUUUGUAGGAGAUGGAGAACGAUCGCCACAAAGUUUCCUCAGUUAUGGAAUCGCUUCCGCUUGACCGCCAGCGAUUUGGAUCCCAACACCGACGAUGGUGGCACUACCGCCUUGACGACCUGGCUGUCCUUCUCUGGGACACUGACGCUCUCCUUCUUUAUCCAACCGGAUGGAAUAUGCAACAAUCCUCACUAUUCAAAGUUAUUCGGGCUCCUCGCAGAUCAUGCAGACCGUUGGGAGAAAAUCGAGCUGUACAACUCCACCCCCGCGUUUUGGUCGAUGCUUCAUGCUGGCGAUGUGAGGAGUCGAUUAGGUUCUCUGACCACUAUCACUGUCCAUUCAGGAGAAACCAACGUCGCAGACGACGCAUUCUCUGGUGAUCCUACCUUUUACCAGGUUUUCCUGGACGCUCCCCAGCUCCGCACACUGGUCAAUCGCAACCAUUUACCAUGCAGAGGACUGGAACUUCCAUGGGGGCAGUUGACUGAAUACGAAGGCUCGCAUCGCACCGUUGUCGAUGAGCAUCUUCGUCUCCUCCGUCUUACACCCAACCUAGAGAAAUGUCGAUUAGAGAUAGCCUACGUGGCUUCCCCGGUUUCCACCCUACCCGAUGGUCAGGCUGCCGCUGAAACAGCGGUGCCUUACAAUAUCCUCCUCCCAAACCUCCAAACCCUCCAAAUCCGAACGACAUGGUUCAGUGAUAGCUUAAAACACUUUCCCGUUUCCAUUCGUCGGUUACGAGUACCGGCGUUAAAAACUCUUAUCAUCCUAACGGAACAUCUUUCCCGGGUCCCACCGCCUUUCAGUGCGUAUGGAGAGGUGUUACGUGCAUCUUCCUCUGAGCUCCGUAGUCUGAAGUUGAUCAAUAGGCCAGCCGCUGGGAUUGAAGAUCUGAGGGCUGGGGAUAUUUUGGAAUUGCUCAGAGCUACACCUGCGCUUCGGGAUCUUUGUUUUACCAUUGGGGCGACAAAGAAGUCUCGGGUUUUGCAGGAUACGAUUAUCUCUCGUCUUGACAUUUCAGAGGGGGGUUCCCGCAAUGGCGACGGUGCUUUGGUCCCUGUGUUGGAAACGUUGGAGUUGAGGUUUCCUUCUCCUGCGGCCAUUCCUAUGCUGAAUUUAGCGACCUUGGCCAAGGCUAUUCGUUCUCGUUGGACACCUUUGGGCCCCCAGUCGUCUAUCCGGAGCGUGCGCUUUGUCGUAGAGCUAGGAGACGUUCCCGUGGAUAAAAGUAUCCUGUCGUCUGCUAUUCGAGGACCGAUCAUGGAGGUACUGAAAGGUGAAGAGGUAGAUAUCAUUAUCGAAAUUGGUAAUGCCUCGGUUGCAGGGUGGUGA